UAGAGUUUUAAGCGUGAUCAACAAGUGGGCGCUCUGGGAACUAUCUAGUAGCCCUACUGCAUUUAGAAGUAGCGGCCAUUCAUUAUGCUGAGAAGAAGAGGGACUUUAUAUGAAAAUUAGAUGCCCAAGGGAUCAGGACUUCUUUCUGCAGAUCAAUGAGUAUAGAUGGCACGAAAAGGUUGUGGUUUGUGUUCUGAUAACUUGUGAAUGGAGAGGGGAAUGCUUCGGAAAGAGGAACGCACGCUUUAAACACCCGCUAAAUUCGAGUGUCCAGUGUCAUGAAACUAAAUCCACAGCAAGCUCCGCUAUAUGGUGAGUGUCUUCUGACGGUGCAGCUGGGUGAUGGAGAGCGUUUGGAGGAUGAGGAGGAUGUAGAGUUCUACCUGCUUUUUGCUGGCACCACCCAGAGGCACCUGACCAGUACCUUGAGAAUAAGCCAUGUCACCCUACAGGCUGUGUGCCCAGCCCAUGACUGCUGUGAGUCGGUGCAGGUCACGCUGUGCUCUGCGCGGUCUGAUGGCUCGGUGGACCCUGUGGCCGAGGAGCGCUUCCAAUUCGUCCAGGACCUGGCCUUCGACAUGGCCCAGUUCCUGGUGAGCGCUGCAGGGCGGGCCGACGGUCUGGAGGGGGCUCUGCUGCUGGAUGAGUGCCAGAUCCCCCUGCAGGAGUGUGAGAGACUAGACGAGAGCCUCUCCCUGGCACUCAGACACCUGGCCCUGCCCCAGGGGUGGAGCGUCCUGGGCUCCAACGUAGGCACACCACCAGGCCCCAACCUGGACAACAGCAUUGCUGAGCCCGGUCCACACGAGACCCUCUUGCACUUUGCAGCUCGGCGCGGUCUGCGGAGGGUAGCCUUGUUUCUGCUCCAGCAGCCAGGAGGCAGAGAGGCUCUCAGACUUCCCAACAAGCAGGGCUCUACACCAGUCAGCGUGGCAGGGAAGAGGGGCCACGACCAGCUACAGCAGCUCUUCACUGAGGUUGAGACCUUGUCAGAGACCCGGAUAAAGACGGAGGAGAGACAGUGUUACCCAGGAGGCCGAGUGCUGCAGCACCACCCUAAACUGAACACAUACACCCUGACGGUGGACACGUUGCUAGGGAAACCUCUGCCCAGCCUAAAGGGAGAGGUGGAGGAGCUACAGAAACUCAUACAGCGCCACAGAGACGACAAGGAAGAUCAUGUGCUCCAGCAGCAGUCACCAGAUGAGCUGAACACUACAGCAGGAUCCAGUGGCAUCAGCAACACAUCAGCACACUCAGCCACAGAGUCCCAGCCCCCCCACAGCCAUGCCCAGCAGCGGAGAGAGGGCGAGACUCCAGCUUUCAGCGCACCAUCCUGUGGAGACCAGCAGGAGGAAGCUGAUAGAGAGAGGACAGGCGUAAUCACUGCCACGCAGGGCAGCAAGGCAGGGCGCUGUAAAAGGAACCAGGAAGAGAACGAGAAGUGGAGAGCAGAGACUGAGACAGGCGAUAAGGCUGUUGCUGCUCCGACAAAGGCUUCACGAGCCAUGGGCCACGCGCAGUCUCAGGAACACACGGAAGCUAAGCAUCAGUCCCUGAGGACUACAGGCAGCAGCAGUAGUGGCUGUGGGGACACAAGUGUUCAGAGGACUAUGGAAAGGCAGGGCGAGCCUGAGAACAUCCAGGAGAUGGAGUCUGGGGCUCCUGUGGAGAAUGGACAGCACGACAAACAUAGCGGUGAGGUUGAGGUGGAGUAUGCUGAGGCCACUUCUGAAUGUACUCUUCAGACUUUGACGGGAGCUGUGAGCCGCCAUGAGGCACAAGCUGUAGAGGCACAGGACUCCGAACAAAGACAGGAAACCACUACAGCAGUGACAAGUUAUUCUGUGGAGCCCGAGUGGGCCGAUAACAGCAACCAGACCUGGGAGUCUGAGAGGGGCGGUACAGACGAGAGAAAGACAGAGGCAGGAAACCCCAGCCAACAGACCAACGGUAGCACUGAGACAACCAGCAGCAGAAGUGGAGAGACUGACACAAACAGCAUGAAGCAGAGCCCCAUUAUGGUGGAGGGAGAGAUCAAGAGUAGCCAUUCACACGGACCAGGUUACGUUACAGCAAAAGAACCCAGUGAGCAGCAGGUCCUGGACCAGCAAGUUGAGGAUACAGUGGAGGUAGUGGCAACCCCACCACAGCCAAGGCGGGACCAGGACGGCACCCACAGCCAGGGCCAUGAGACUGGGCAGGAAUGUGAGGAACAGCCGUCCACUGACUUAGCCAGCAGAACAGCUGAGGACAGAGAGAGUGGAGAGACCACGGGACGACAACACUGUGAUGUCACGAUACACACAUCCUCUUUUGAGGAGGGGGAACUCGUCCAGUCUGUCGGCUGCUCCACAGACAAACUGUCUGAGGGGACAGUCACGGGACAGGAGGCCCCUGGGAAGAAGGUGUCUGUACAGUGGGCAUCGUUAGAAGAGGCAGACUCUCUGGCAUGUAGAGAGGAAAUAGCAGCCACAGCAGUAGCAGUAGUGGCUGUAGCAGUAGCAGCUGCUGUAGCAAGCCUAGAACAAUGCAACUCAAACUCCAUGCUGGAGGGAGGCCAGGUACAGGAAGCUGCCGCAGAGAGCCAGAGUAAGCAUCAGACUGGACCCAAAGACCCUGCACGAAGGUCAGGGGUCACGGUGUCUGAGGCCACUGAGAACCUUAGCACCUCAGACAGGGGUCCGACUGUCUCAGCAAGUCCAUUAGAGGAGGAUGUGAUGGUCAAGAACCCCUCAAAGGGAGCGGAUGAGCCUCAUGUCAGACAGGGAGAGGAGAACAGUGAUCUGUCCAAUACCACACAUGGGAGUGAGAAUGGAGUGGAGGCCCAACUACCAGGCCUGAGUCUGACACAGGAAGAAAGUGUAGAAGCCAGCAGAGAGUGUGCAGACUCCCACUCGCACACGUUAUUACAUGAUGAAAGGGCUGUGGACAGACAGAGUGCUGAGGUCAUAUCCUCCUCCUCCUCUAUCUCCCCAGAGAGAUCCUCAGAGCUGACACAUCAGGAGGCCAUCCCAGAGAGCCCGGCCCCACCAGCCCCACCUGAACAUAGACAUACACCCAGUGACUUGACCCUGACCACCCUUACACACCCAGACAGUGGUACAUCCCUGAAUCCAGAGCUGACUUCCCCAUUGGAGCUAGACAAUGGAAAAGGCCUGUAUGACGAGCAGUACAGCUCCUCUGUGGAAGUAGUCAUUGGCAUGUCCUUGGGCCUUCAGUCUUCAGACACACUGGAAAGCCUGGAUGGUGUGUGUGUGAGAACACUGGAUACUAAAGAAGAGCAUUCUGAAGAUUUAAGACAGCUUGACAAGCCAGUGAAAGACAAUGACAUAGUCUGUCCAUCCCAGGGAGAAGAGAAGGAGAAGAAGGAAUCCCUCUCAGACACGGCAGACUCUACACUGAUCCACAAAGAGAAGGAGUCAUUUUACCCUGGACAGCCCUGCACAGAUCCCACACUACAGGUGAAAACCACGAUCCCAGAAUGCACAGAAUUCCCAGUAUCCCCAUGCUCAGAGAUUGUUGGAGGCUCUGUGUCGACCACCGGUGCCCUGCGGGACUCUGUCAGUGAUUUGGACAGUCUGGGAGAGGAAGGUGUCUUCAGAAAGGGAGAGGAGGCUGUGACUAGGCCAAGUGAAAGCAACAGUGGUGUGUCGGUGUCCUUCUCCUCCAUAGACGACGUGGCCAGUCUGGGUCCCCUCAGCGCCAGCUCCCAGGGCAGUGUGGGUCCUCUCAGUGUCUCCUCCCAGGGCAGAGUGGGCCCCGCUUGGGCUGGGGCGGGGGCAGGGGUGUUGAGCACUAGGGCCAGUUGGAGUGCCGGAGACGCCUGGCAGACGACAGGGAGGGGGGGAGAGGAGGACGAGAGGAAAGACAAGCUGACAGAGGUGCCUGUGUGCUCCGCUAUCCUGCGCUCCUCUAUCCGCUCGCUCUCUCCAUUCCGCCGGCACAGCUGGGGCCCGGGGAAGAAUCCUGCAGGAGACACAGACAUGAACCAACGCAGUUUAUUGCAAGGUCAAGGGGAAGGGAAGCCUCGAAAGCCAACAUUUCAUAGGAGAAGUAUGAGCUGGUGUCCCUCCAACGUCCCCCCUCCCCACCUGGAACAGAUUGAUAGCAGAAGUUACAGUUUGGAGGGUCUGGCUGGAGAGGAGGAUGCUGGGAAGAUCUCCUCUGGUGUGGGAACUGUUGCGCGUCUGGACAGUGAGGAGAGGGGCUCGCUUCUGUCCCUAACAGAGGAGCAGGAGUCAGACCUGGGAGACUACAGCAGCCUCGACAGCCAGAAAUCAGGUAGAGUUCUGCCUGUGAGACACAGCUGUCCCUCCAUUCCUCACCAAGCACUCACCAAGUCGGUGUCCAUGCUGGCCAUCAGUCACAGAGACCUGGACGGAAUGGGAUCGGCAUCACUAGAGCAUAGCAUCUCUGAGGAGGACCCGGGGCCACUGCGGAGCGACUCUGAGGGGAGACAGGGGACCAAGGUCAGCCGCACCUUCAGUUACCUCAAGAGCAAGAUGAGUACUAAGAAGAACAAGGAGAAAGAGAAGGCUCAGGGGAAGGAUAAAGACCCCAAGGAGAAGGAGAAAAAAACCCUGAACGGCCAUCUCUUCAGCUCUGUGAACCCAGCCCCAUCCUCAACCUGCCACCAAUGCAACAAACCCAUUAUCACUAAAGAAGCCUUCCUCUGCACCAACUGCAAUGCACAGGUCCAUAAGGGCUGCAGAGAGCGUCUUCCUGUGUGUGUCCAGGUCAAAAUGAAGCAGCAGAAGCAGCAAACGGUGCCAGAUUCUGAGUCCAUAUCCGGAGUGGUCUUGAGAAGUAAAUCUACAUCAUCGACAUCGUCUCGGGAGCGUCCGUGGUCUGCCAUCUUGUCCCCUGAUGACCAGGCCAUGGUUACGGUGGCAGCGGUGGUGCCUCGCAGGAAUCACAGCAUCCUCCCCUUUAACAAAAGCAACCUGUCCAAGAGCAUCUCCAUCAGCAACAUCGCAGGGCCAUUGAUGGAUGAGAUGCCACUGAAGGGCCUGAAGUACCUGUCCCAGUCCACAGACUCACUGCACAAGACCUCCAAGGUCAAUGAGUCCACUGAGUCUCUCACUGAUGAAGGGACUGAGAUGAUGGAUAGCCAGCUGAUGGGAGAGUUUGAGGCAGAGUCUAAGGAUCUUGAGGCAGACUCCUGGACCUUCACUGUGGACAAGAAGUAUGUGAAGGGGCUCAAGAAGGAGGUGGUGAAGAGACAGGACGUCAUCUAUGAGCUGGUGCAGACAGAGAUGCACCACGUACGGACGCUGAGGAUCAUGUCUGAGGUGUACAGUAAGGGCCUGCAGAAGGAGUUGCAGCUGGAGGCCCUCACGGUGGAGCGGGUGUUCCCCAUGCUGGACGAACUCCUGGACCUACACACAGACUUCUUCACCCACCUCCUGGAGCGCAAGAGGGAGUCUUCAAUCGAGGGCCGGGAUGACGGGAGCUUCCUCAUCCACAAGAUAGGGGACGUCCUUGUCUCACAGUUCUCAGGGCCCAAUGCGGACCGCAUGAAGAAAGUCUACGGGAAAUUCUGCAGUCGCCACAACGAGGCGGUUAACUUUUAUAAGGAGCUUCACACCAAAGACAAACGCUUCCAAGCCUUCAUCAAGAAAAAGAUGAGCAGCACAAUCGUCCGAAGACUAGGCAUUCCAGAGUGUAUCUUAUUAGUGACACAGCGAAUAACCAAGUACCCCGUGCUACUACAGAGGAUACUGCAUCACACCAACGAGAAUGAGGAAGACCAUGACGAUAUAACCCAGGCUCUGAGGCUGGUGAAGGAGAUUCUAAAUGCGGUGGACAACAAGGUGAAUGAACACGACAAGAAGAAACGGUUGAAAGAAGUGUACAGCCGUACGGACAGCAAGUCCAUUCAGAGGAUGAAGAGCGGCCAGAUGUUUGCACGGGAAGACCUGGUGAGAGGCAGGAGGCUGCUGCAUGAUGGACCACUGCAGCUCAAGAACUCUGCAGGCAGACUAAAGGAUGUCCAGGCCAUGCUGCUGUCUGACGUGUUUGUGUUCCUCCAGGAGAAAGACCAGAAAUAUGUCUUUGCCUCACUGGAUCAGCGGUCCACGGUGAUCUCCCUGCAGAAGCUGAUUGUGCGUGAGGUGGCUAACGAGGAGAGGGGUCUGUUCCUGAUCACAGCGGGGAUAGAGAAGCCAGAGAUGGUGGAGGUGCUGGCCAGCACCAAGGAGGAACGCAACACCUGGAUGCAGCUCAUACAGGACGCCAUGCACUCCAUAGAGAAGGAUGACGAUGAGGGAAUCCCCAGUGAGACCGAGGAAGACAAGAGACUGCUAGAGACCAAAGCACGGGAGAUUAGAGAGCUGCUGAGGAAGAAGGAUGAGCAGAUCAUGAGUCUAUUGGAGGAGAAGGUGAAGGUGUUCAGGGACAUGUGUGAGGGACCAGCAGAGGAGACCAGACCAACCCAGUCUAUCAGGACCAAAAUGCUGUUUAGAGCCACCCCAGAUGACAUCACCAAGGGAGAGCCCAUCAUGAAGGAUGCCCUGAGGGAAGUGGAGACUCUCCAUGUGCUGGUGAAUGGAAGUCUGGGCGGGGCUGUGGGGCAGCAGGUGUCCAGUACCCAAGAUGCAUCAGGGGGCAGUGUGGGGCCAGUGUGUCUGCCUCGCCGCGCUGAGACCUUCGGUGGCUUUGACAGCCACCAGAUGAACAUCUCCAAAAACGGAGAGAAAGAAGAGGGGGAUGACUCAUUAGACCUUCGGAGGACUGAGUCAGACGGUGUGUUAAAGAAGGGGGGCAACAACAAUCUACUGCUACUGCUCAAGAGGAACAGUGAGCAGGUCCUCCAGAGUGUCACACACCUCCAUGACCUCCUCAGCACACUGCAGGCAGUGGUGGUGCAGCAGGACACCUUCAUCGAGGACCAGCGUCAUGCUCUGGCUGAGCGGCCAGCCUCGCGCCACUCCUCCACCUCCUCCCUGUCCUCCUCCUCCUCGCGGCCCAACUCCCUGAUCGAGCAGGAGAAACAGCGCAGCCUGGAGAAGCAGAGGCAGGAGGUGGCCAACCUGCAGCGCCAGCAGGUGGCCCACGCUGAUGAGAGAAGGAGGAGGGAGAGGGAGUGGGAGGUGAGGGAGUCGGGGCUGGGCGACAGGGAGGUGCAGGUGAAGGAGCAGGAGGAGGAGACAGUGAAGAGGCGUAGGCAGAUGGAGGAGGAGAGGAAGGAGCUUCUAAGGAGGAAGGAGGAGUAUCAGAGGGAUCUGGAGAGGUUGAGGGACGCCCAGAGGAAGCUGGACAGAGACAAGGAGACGCUGCAGCGGGAGGCUGAGAUGGGGGAGCAGAUGAAGAAAGCCGAGGCAGAGCAGGCACACAGGACCCAGCGGACGCCCUCCACCACCUCAGAGGAGUCCAUGAAGUUUCAGAGCUCCACCUCUCUGGAUAAAGAGCCUGGAGGAGGGGAGGCAGAACUGUCUUCCUCCCCCGCCACCAAAGACCCCUUCCUCAGGAUGGGCUCCAAGAGGAAAGGGAAGAACCUGAACCCCUUCUCCUCCUCGUCCUCUUCCUCCAACGCCAGCUCCAAGGCCCAGAGCAGCACAGAGGGCCAGAACCAAAUCCCUAACCGCCUGAUGCAGCUGGCCAAGACCAAGGACAAGAAGGAGAAGAAGAAGAAGAAAGGGAAGGGGCAGCAAUCACAGCCAGAUCCCGGGAACACUGGGGUCACAGAGCCUCAGUGCGACGGAAAGAUCUUCUUCUGCUGAUCCCGCUGUCAUCCACUAUCCCACAAUGCCCCACACUCACUGCAUCAACUGACUGCCAGACCAUGUAGUAGUGUGGACAGAUAGACAUGCACCCCAUUGACAUACUGUACCCUACCCACUGACCUGGACCUGGAGGGGUCGACCAUGGCCAUGGACAGGAUGUACAGCUUGAGCACUUCCUGUGAACUUAUUAUGGAACCAUGCAGACACUUCGCGCUUAGUUGCCACUGAAUUGUCAAGGUGUAACUUUUAGAUGAAGAUAAUUUGGGUUUGAUUCUGUGGUGAAGCUGCAAGUCUGCUGUGGCAUGGAUUGGAUUGGUAUGCAUGCGUUGGUUACUUUGGAGUUUGAUAGUGUUCAGAUAUGAUUUGGACAGUUUCAGGAAUUUUACCAUGGCUAGAAGAAGAUUUAGCAUUCAUGAAGUAUACAGUAGCUGACAUUCAUUUUCUAUGUGAAGGGAAGAUUUAACAGAGCAGGUGUCAUAGGGGAGUGACUGUUGUAGAAUAUGCUGCAUUUCACAAAUGUAAGUAUACCCUAAUAGCCAAUAUGACAAAAGAGAGCAUACAGUACACUCUAUUCAACAAUUCCAGUUGAGUGAGUAAAGCUUAUGCAAUAGUGUUUAUUGUCAUACUUCUAAAGGUAUUGCUUAACACUGGGCCCCAUAAUGCUUUGUUCCCGCCUGUAAGGAACUACAGCCUCAUUUCUCCCAUCAGCACUACAUCAGUUGUAAAGAAAGGCAACUCAAGGUUAGAGAAGACAUGACUAACCACAGAGUUCGAGUUAUGAGAAGAGGAUGAAUGAGUCUGGGAGAAACGGAAAACAAGACCAGCCAAAGAAAGAGAACGAAUAGCUUGUAAUGGAGGAGAGAAAGUAGAGAAAAGAGAGAGAGAGAUGAGUGACGAAGAGGAAGAGCUGAAGAAAGAGUGUGUAAGGAAGCGAAACUCAAAGACAUAGUGGCUGACUUGCUUUUGUCGCUAUUGUCCACUUUGCAAUUGAAUAUAAUGAUGAUAAACUGUUAGACGUUACGGUUCCAGCUGAUUGAAUGGGUAGAAGAAACAUUUAGACGUUACGGUUCCAGCUGAUUGAAUGGGUAGAAGAAACAUUUAGACGUUACGGUUACAGCUGAUUGAAUGGGUAGAAGAAACAUUUAGACGUUACAGUUCCAGCUGAUUGAAUGGGUAGAAGAAACAUUUAGAUGUUACGGUUACAGCUGAUUGAAUGGGUAGAAGAAACAUUUAGACGUUACGGUUCCAGCUGAUUGAAUGGGUAGAAGAAACAUUUAGACGUUACGGUUCCAGCUGAUUGAAUGGGGAGAAGACACAUUUAGACGUUACGGUUCCAGCUGAUUGAAUGGGGAGAAGAAACAUUUAGACGUUACGGUUCCAGCUGAUUGAAUGGGUAGAAGAAACAUUUAGACGUUACGGUUCCAGCUGAUUGAAUGGGUAGAAGACACAUUUAGACGUUACGGUUCCAGCUGAUUGAAUGGGUAGAAGACACAUUUAGACGUUACGGUUCCAGCUGAUUGAAUGGGUAGAAGAAACAUUUAGACGUUACGGUUCCAGCUGAUUGAAUGGGUAGAAGACACAUUUAGACGUUACGGUUCCAGCUGAUUGAAUGGGUAGAAGAAACAUUUAGACGUUACGGUUCCAGCUGAUUGAAUGGGUAGAAGACACAUUUAGACGUUACGGUUCCAGCUGAUUGAAUGGGUAGAAGACACAUUUAGACGUUACGGUUCCAGCUGAUUGAAUGGGUAGAAGACACAUUUAGACGUUACGGUUCCAGCUGAUUGAAUGGGUAGAAUAAACAUUUAGACGUUACGGUUCCAGCUGAUUAAAUGGGUAGAAGACACAUUUAGACGUUACGGUUCCAGCUGAUUGAAUGGGUAGAAGACACAUUUAGACGUUACGGUUCCAGCUGAUUAAAUGGGUAGAAGACACAUUUAGAUGUUACGGUUCCAGCUGAUUGAAUGGGUAGAAGACACAUUUAGACGUUACGGUUCCAGCUGAUUGAAUGGGUAGAAGACACAUUUAGACGUUACGGUUCCAGCUGAUUAAAUGGGGAGAAGAAACAUUAGAGGUGUUUCUAUUCCUCCACUGCACACUUGAGUUUGAAUUUGUGAACCAUUUUAUUUGUCAAUCACUGCAAUGCAAUACUGGCAUAGGGUUUGAAGGUGAUUAUAAUAUUCACUCUGUUACAAGUGGCAAGACUUCCUGCUUUACAAUGAGUGACAAUCAUUCAAUGUACACAGCCUAAAUCGAAAUCCAGACUGAUUAAGGGAUAUCGAUCUCACAAGAAUGGAUUUACAGAAACAAAAAUUCUGAUACAAUUUUUGGGUAAUAUUUUAAUGCUGAUAUUGGAAUAGAUGAAUCUAGCCCUGACCAACCAUUCCCAUUGGAAUUACACUGAUACUGAAAAUCUGCCUGCAGGACAGGCUGUUCGUCUAUUAGUCAAACCAAACCAAACCUUUCCUCUGGACAAAACCCCAUAUUUCCCUAUUUUCCCUGCAGUCUGCUCUAGUAUUGGUAGCCUGUGGUACCAUAAGCUCUCUUGUGCCUCUCAAAUAGUUCAGAAUAAUUAAUGUCCCUGUAUUUUCUUCAUUGAAAUUUUUCCGUCCACGCUCCAGUCUGGGGUUUUGAUCCAUAUAACCAGUGGUUCAUAAUGCGUAAUAAUUUAGUUUUGUGGUUUCUCUUUACUGCUGAUGAGCAGAAUUUAAAAUGAAAGCACAGCAAAGUCCUCUUCUGACUCUGUAAAACUGAAAUAUGGUGCUAAUCAUCAGUCACAUAGGCUGUGUUUACACCCAAUUCUGAUCUUUUUAUCACUAAUUGGUCUUUUGACUAAUCAGAUCAGCUCAAAAAAAUGUAUAUGGUCUGAUGGGUAAAAAUACAAAUUAGUGGAAAAAAUAUCAGAAUUAGGUUGCCUGUGUAAAUGCAGCCUAACUGCUCUGCUUCUUCUUGUCUGCGUUGGUUUAUCUUGUUUUGACCACCAGAUGGCGCUGUGGCAAUCUUCAUAAUUCACCACUACUAUCUACUCUGUUGGAUUUGUCAUCUUGAUAUUUCACAACAAUUCCCCCUGGUCAUAUAUAUGCAAAGUGAAUCACCACGUUAACAUGGUGUUUCAUGGCCUUGUUUAGUGAUUUUAUAAAAGUGAAAGCAUAGGGAGGGAUCAUUGGCAUUUUGAUUGAUUGGUUCAUUCACAUUUACUGACUUGCCUUAAUAGACAUAUUCCGCUUUUGACAGGUGUGAACGUUCUUAGACCCUACCCUUUAUCACUUGAUAUUCUUCUGGGAAUAUCUGCUAAUCAUCCCUUCAACAACAACUGUCAUGGCCGUCUACAGUAUAGAUGUUGAGCAGUGCUACAGUUGCUCUGAAAUGUUGUACAUGAUGCAUUGUGGCAAAUGCGGAGAUAGGGGAGACCAUUAUGCUCAAAUUGAAAUGCACUAGAAUAUUAGCCAGCAUCUGUGAGGAGUUGGAGUGGGUUUUACAGUUAUACUGUAUACCAGUGCUUUUAAAGUAAUUUGUUGUUUGUACUAAAAAGGUACAAUUUGUAUUUCUUGCGGAAUUUCAUGUAAAAAUAAAAAAUAAAAGGGCAAAGCAACCAUUAUGUAAAUAUGUGUCAUGUACAAAUUUAACUUUUAAAGUAUUGUUUGUGGAUUUUUGGAUCGAUUUAAGCUUUUUAUAAUGAGGCUUUAUUUAUCAGUGUCCUCCCUGUUUUGGAGGUAUAAAAUGUAAAUUCAUUUUUCUCUUAAUAAAUAACUAUUAUUGUUUGUCAACUGAGA